UAUUAUCGACGUUCGCGAGGCUCUGCUACAUUUGUUCGCCUUGUCUUUCUCCGUUUACUGUCACUUACGGCUUCCUCCCGACUUCACCCCGCCACGUUUUGUCUCCGAACGACAUCUGCGACUGAGCAGCGACGUUGUAGCAAACCCCGACCGACAUCGCGCCUCCUUGGCAACAAAUCUCGGUGCCUCUGCGUGUUCGCAUCCUCGCUUCCCUCCAGCUGUCCAGCCCCUGAUGGCACUUGACAAGGACCUGACGGCGGAUGCUGAGAAACAUUCCAACGCCCUCGCCUGGAAAACAACACACUCAAGCGAAGACGCGCCGCUCAACGUCUCAACGGCGACCUCCAUCUCACAGACACUCAACUCCGCCGUCAAAACGUCAGUAAUUCAACAAGCAAACGAACCGCAAGGGACGAAAGUUGAAGACGCAGUGGGGGCGAGUCGUGCGAGAUUGAUGCACGAUAUGGAUCCGAGCGGGCAGUUUCGAGUGCCAGUUUAUAAACGGAGAGGAAGCCCUGAUGGUGAGCAUGCGGACUCAUGCGGUGCCGCGCGGGUUUCGCGGGCUUCACUGCGCUCCGCCGGUUUGCAGCGUCGGGACCUUGAGACGCCGCCCGGGCUCUUGUCGCGCACCGCCUCGUCGCAGGUUCUCGCCGGUGUCGCAAGUCCAACAUUUUCUGACGUUUCGCUGCUGCGUAUGACGCCUGGAAAUGAUGAAAGAGCUAGAGUCGGGUCACGUGACUCGUGCCGAUGGCCGCACUAUCGAGUCAUGCCGCCGAUUUGGGGAGCAACACCGGACGCGCAUGAAUCGAACGUCGCGCGGGAAUAUGAACCUCCGCCGUUGGUCGGUUCGUUUGCCGACACUGAGUUUUUUCCGUCACAUUUUGCAAGUCCGCGCCAGUCGGCGCAUGUCAGACGGAAGCGUCCGAUUUCGAUUUCGCCGUUUUCACUGGACGUUGACAUCAAUCAGCUCAUUCGCACGUCGCCAAGCUCUCUUGUUGCCUAUAUCAACGGUUCGCGUGCCUCUUCAGUCAACUCGGGCUCGUACGGCCAUCUGGCGGCGGGAAAAUCGAGUCCGUCGUUCAACUUUCCUGGUGCGCCGCCGCAUCUGGUGCGGCGCGAGGCGGCGCCGACGUUUGAACCGACGGAGUCGUCCGCGCCGUCACCUCCAGCUCUUGGGCACGCAGAAGAGGAGAAAUCCGAGUCGGAGGAGAAUGUAGACGCGAACGGAAAAGAGGAGGAGAUGAAUGUCGAAAGUAAGGAUGAAGAGACGGACGUUAAACGCGAACCGGAAGUGGAUGGCGGAGCCGCAGGCGGCGCCGCAAAAGAGGACGAGUGUGUGGAAGAGGAGAGCAAGCCCGAAGAGGUCGAUGCAAACUGCCACUGGAAAGAAUGCAAGGAGACAUUCGAAAGUCGGCAUGAGCUCGUGCAGCAUGUCAACAACGAGCACAUCCAUUGUGAGAAACGAGACUUCACUUGUCACUGGAGAGGAUGCUGUCGACUACAGAAGCCGUUCAAAGCGCAAUACAUGCUUGUUGUACACAUGAGGCGGCACACUGGAGAGAAGCCGCACAAAUGCACGUUCGAUGGCUGUUCCAAGGCUUAUUCUCGAUUGGAGAACUUGAAGACGCACCUGAGGUCACACACUGGCGAAAAACCUUACAUGUGUGAGUUUCCUGGCUGCACAAAGGCAUUCACAAAUGCCUCAGACCGUGCAAAGCAUCAGAACCGGACACACUCUAACCUGAAACCGUAUGUGUGUAAGAAUGCCGGUUGCCCUAAGAGAUACACAGAUCCAAGCUCGUUGAGGAAACACAUGAAGUCGUGUCAACUCGGUGUAAAGAAAGCAAGAGGCGAAGACUGCAAGGACACGAGCACCGGAAUUCAGACAUUUCCACCGACAUCUCAACAGUCAGUCAAGCCUGCUGUGACGUUGGAAAGCAAGAAUAUUAGCAACGAGUGUGUGAAUAUUCUGAAAAUGCAACAGGUUGAUCAGUCGGGGUAUGGUAAUCACCAGAUGAGUCGUCACUCCCCAGACAAGACGGAGUUGGGAUACGGCAUGUAUGCAGAUCGGAGAUACAGCAAUGUCAGUCAAUUGAGUAGUGGUAGCAUCUUUAUUGAUGAGACAUCGGCUGGUAGCCGUCGAGGUAGCAAUUUCAGUCAGGCAAGCAACUGCAGCUACGUGAACCAGGGAAAUCUUGCAAUGAUGGCGACUGACCCAAAUGUGUUGGCCGGCCGGAGAGGAAGCGGCGAUGUGUCACCGGCCGGCCUGCCUCUGAACACAUCGCCAAACGCAUUUUUGGCGAGCCAGCAGCAGCAGCAGCAAAUGUUCAAUCGGAGCAGUCCUAGAAUGGGACAGCAUCAUGUUCGCUCGCUUGCUCAAGAAGCUUCCGGAUGUCGGCGAGAGAGCGGAGUGUCACUUGGCGAGUAUGUGUCUUCUCCACCAUCCAAUCAGCCAAGCUCGAGACGUUCUAGUCUCAAUAGUACAUUUUCGUAUCCUCCGGCUCCAGAUAGUGGCAUCGGUUGCUUCGAUUAUGGCUCACGAAGAUCCAGCAAUUCAAGUGUAACAAGCAAUCAAGUUCCUUCGCAGCCUUAUUUUAUGUCCAUGAAUGCACAAAUUCAGCCUCAGUCUCCUUCGCCGUAUGGAAUGCACAGAUCGCCGAGACCACUAAGUGGUCGAUUGUUGCCACUUCAUGGAGAGUCGAAAUUUAUAGCCGAUGAAACCCAGCUGACUAUGCAUCAGCGACGGGCGAGCGAUAGUAAUGCUCCAUAUACUGUCUAUCGUCCUAGUGAUUGUCAUACCAAUCGACGAGCAAGCGAUCCUCUACACCAUCUGCCACACACGCAUAUGAAAGGAUCGUCUCGCGGUUAUCUGAGAAACCAACUUACGCCAACACGGCCACUUCCUUUUCCUCCUGCGAUGCAGUUUCAACAGCAGCACGUGAAUGGCUAUGUCCACACGUCAUCUCCACUACCGAUGGCUGUUGAUGAUUCUCAGUCGACAUUCACGGCAAUGAUGCAGACAACAAAGUUGCAUCAUGCGAUGCCGUCUCCAAGCUACUCACAGGGCUAUCCUAACACCCAGAUGGGUGUUCAGCAGCACAGAGAUGUUGGCAUGGAAGACGUAUCAAUUGACUUGUCGCAAUUUCAGCAUCCUCCAGUUCAUGCUGGUCAUACUGGAGUGAUGCCUCAGUGCAAUGGAUUCACGCAGCAGACAGUGUCGAACUUUGGCAUGACAGGCUUGAUGUCGAAUCGGUCUGCGUUGCUUGAUGAUCACCAGCGGUGGAUCCAUAGUGCAACGGAUGAACCUUUGUCUGUGUAUACGUGAAGUGAUGAUGUAGGUAGACAGAUGAUAUUAUACGAUGUGAGACGAGAUAGCAAGAUGAAAAGUUAUUGUAGACAAGCUGUAGAUUAUGCUGUUCAUGUACUCUAGAACACGGUAGAGUGAACGAUCAGUUUUGAUGUGGUUUGAUCUUGGUAAGUUCCAAGGGAUGAUAUUGAAACAGUAGAGAUGCUGA